AUGGGAAUUAACGUACUAAUCGGACACCACCUAUGCGGUGCAGUUACCACUCACACACUGCUCUCAGAGAAGAAUAUAAUAGCAUCAUCUUUGGGCAGAAAAACCCGAUAUGCUAUCGUGACAUUAAUCAUAUCCGCUCUAAUAUGGAGGGAACUUCCGAAUCCACAUCGGUCUCUAUACACAACACUAGGAUUACCAACGACAGCAUCACAAUAUGAUAUAGUCACACUUCAUGCACGCAGCAAGGCAGAAUUUCAGAAAAAAGGAUCACCAGAAAAUUUAGAAGAAGUCAAAAAUGCAUUCCAACUACUCAUGAACCAGGAAAAAAGAAACAGAUAUGAUAGGUUUGGCGACUUGGAACACCCCGUCAUCAAUGAUGCAAACCUACCGAUUGUAGCAACGGCACUAGCUAUCGCAUACCAUCUGCUCUCAUGUAUUAUCUGUUUCGCAUUCUACAGAAACAGACAACUAUCGCUCACGAGACAUGUCAUGAGCAUGUAUAGCGCUAUCGCAUUCGCACUGGAAAUGGAAUGCAGAUUUGUCAAAGGUAGCACGACACUCAAAAAUAUAUACUAUCUCAACAAACUGCUACCAUUCCAACAAGUAGAACUACUUAGGGGAGUCGCACCUGCAUUGGCUCUACUCGUCAACAUGGUAUGCGUUUGCCUUUUUGUGGACUUGGACAAGAUGAUGCAAUUCCUUUGGCACUCAUCCGUUUCGACUAAUAGGGUCAUCUUGGAAAAAAUGAUAGAUGUAGUUGAUGCAACAAGUAAGCACACCGCUGAUGCCAUAGAAAAACAAUUAACAGAUUAUGUGAGGACCUUGACCGAAUCGACUACAGCACAUUUAAAAACAUCGCACGAAAACCAGAGGAACAAGCAAAUCGAAGAGUAUACUGAUGGUACCAGCUCAACAAAUAACAAGUGUCACUCGAAGAACACCGGAGACAUCUUGAACAUUAUUGAGUCUAUGGAUGAAGCCCAGCGACAAAAGGUAGCAAACCUUUUGAAGCUAUCAGCUUCGGAAUACAACGAACGAGACAAGACGUGGAAAAGCUGGAUAGACAUCUUAAAGUCACCAAUUUUAUGCGUAGCACUAUUCAUACUCAUGAAGAGCGCAAAGGUGCCCCUUUUUCACAAUUUAUUCGCAAUGGAAACGGAUAAUUCGGAAGACCAAGUUAUAGGCAACAUGCUGUUCGAAGAAGGCACUCUUAAGAACCAGCGAGGUGAAAUUGUACCUGUAGCACAACUUAUGGGAAAGUCCGUUGGACUGCUUUUCUGUGACGGCAGCAGCCCACUAUGCCUCUCCACGGUACCGUUUCUAAUACAGUUUUAUAACAGCGUCAAUUGCAAAGGGCUGAUGCAAAAAAUCGAAAUUGUAUACAUUAGCUGCGACGAUACACGAGAAGCAUUCGAGAAAAAUAUUCGACGUAUGCCAUGGCUACAUGUCGAUUAUGAAGAUAAGCUACUACCGAUACUGCGACACAGAUACAACGUUAUAGAUGCCGCAACGGAAUAUGGGAGCUUCAACGCGGUAGAAAUACCAUCAAUUAUCGUUGUUAAUAACCGUGGUAAUGAGAUUCAAAGGUUCCCACUAUAUCAUGGACGGGAUCAGAGUGCUCAGACCCUUAGAAGAUGGGAUUGGCGCAAUUGUAUAUAUGCGUAA